AUGAAAAUCGUCAUCGUCGGCGCCGGACUCGGCGGCCUGGCGUGCGCGAUCGCCUGUCGCCGCAAUAACCUCGACGUGCUCGUUCUCGAACAAUCAGCCCAGCUUCAACCGGUCGGUGCCGGGAUCCAGAUCCCGCCCAAUGGAGCCCGGAUCAUGCGCGAGCUCGGUCUUCUGGCGCAGGUGGAAGAACGGGGGUUGACGCUCGAGAGGAUGGAUCUGCGGCGGUACAGCGAUGGGAGCGUCAUUGCGUCAAUGCCGUGCGGCGAGACCGUGGUGAGGGAGUAUGGAGCGCCGUGGGUGGUGAUCCACCGGGCGGAUUAUCAUCAGAUCCUGCUAGACCAGGCCCAGAGUCUGGGAGUAGAGAUCCGCCUCGACGCUGCGGUGGAGAGAGUCGAUGUGGAGGAAACUGCUGUUGUGCUGGUGGGCGGGGAGGUGAUCGCAGGCGACGUGAUUAUCGGCGCUGACGGUCUCUGGUCCAAAGUCCGCGACUUCGUUCUCGACGACCCCGUCGUCCCGCAGGAAACAGGCGACAUGGCCUACCGAGCCACCUUCUCGCGCGCCCAGCUCUCCCCGCUGGACGAUACCGCAGUCACCGCGCUCUGCGACACGCGAGGUGUAACCGCCUGGCUCGGACCAGAGAGGCAUGCCGUGUUCUAUCCCGUCCGCGGUGGAGACGAGUAUAACCUCGUUCUGCUCCAGCCGGAUGAUCUGCCGGCGGCGGUGCGCACGACGCAGGGCGACGUGGAUGAGAUGCAGUUUGGGUAUCGGGGAUGGGAUCCCACGCUGCGGAGGAUGAUCUCAUGCAUUCCAUCCGUCCUGAAGUGGAAGCUAUGCCAUCUUCCGGAACUGCCGCGAUGGACCAAGGGGUCCGUCACCCUCCUCGGGGACGCGUGCCAUCCCACGCUCCCCUACCAGGCCCAAGGCGCCGCCAUGGCCGUGGAAGACGGCGCGGUAUUGGGCGCGUUACUCGGCCAUGUCGCCUCCGAGCCGGCCAAGGUCCCGUCUGUCCUUCAGCUCUACGAGGAUCUACGCAAGCCACGAACCACGCGCACCGUGCAGGGAGCCAUGCGCAACCGCGGCAGCUUCCACCUGGCCGACGGCAUCUUCCAACGACUCCGCGACCUGGUGCUGAGCGUGUCCGGGCUGACCCGAGAAACGGACUGGAUUGGCGUGAUGGCGUCUCGGCAACACGUCGUGCUCGGGUUCGACGUGCUGGCAGAGGUAGAACGCAGAAGACCCGAGCUGAAUCAUAUGUAG